AUGAGCGAGAAUCAGAAUAAACGAAAGGAAGGCCCCUCGGGCGCGGCUCCAGCUCACAAAAAGAGCAAGCAGGGGAGCACCGCGGGAAAGUGGAAGACGCCACAGCAAAAGUCAAAGAUGGCUGGUCGGAUCGAGAUGGGCAGCUCGCUGGAUGUUGGUGACGAGGGCAUCUGGGUCACAUACGCCAGAGGCAUGAAUACGAGAGCGUUUAGAGAGUUCAAUGAGCUCUGUCACGAGUACGGCGAGAGCAUGUACGGCAUCGCAAAGCCAGCGGAUGAGCACGAGAACGCUGGGGCGGAGGGCGAUGAAGAUCUGGACAUUGAAGCGUCAAUUGAAAAGGAGUUGGCUGCCAUGAAGGCGCCCCGUGACCGAACCGCCAAGAAGACGGACGUCUUCCGGCCCAUCAACGCGGGCAUCGAGUGCGUCUUCUUCAUGAAGACGGCCAGACCCGUCGAGCCGGACGUGCUGGUCCGGCAGAUGUGCGAGGACGCGAGGAAGUGUCCGGAUCCGCGGGCGCGCAGGUGCAAGUACAUCAACCGCCUCACGCCCGUCCUAAGCACGGACAAGGCGACGGACAAGGGCAUCGAGAGGGUGGCGCGGCGGGUGCUGACGCCGUACUUUGAGCUCGUGCCUGCGAGUGGCGCGGGCGAGGCGCAGGAGGAGGGGACGACCACGCCGGCAGAGAGGGAAGAGGUGACGCAAGCACCAGCAAAGACUACGAACAGUGCUGGAGAGCCCUUUACGUACGCCAUCAGACACAAUAUCCGCAACCACAACACGUUCAAGUCGGAUGAGGUGAUUAAGAAGAUUGCCGGUCUAGUUGAUACAAAGCACAAGGUCAACCUAUCGAAUGCAGACAAGGUUAUCUUGGUGGAGAUUUUUCAGCUAUUUUGCAGCGUUUCCGUCGUGGACGGACCGCAGUGGGAGGAGCUCAAGCGAUAUAACAUGAACUCACUGUACGGAAUGGUUCCGAAGCAAAAGAGCGGCGCGACGACGACGGCGGCGACAAACGACUCGUGA